GGGAGCAAUUUAAUUUCCAAAGAAGGAAAGCUCGAAAUUGAUAAACUUCGUAAUUGUGGGUUCGUCUGAAUUUCUCUAAAAUACUUUACCUAUCCAAACAGGAGAAAAAUUGACGUGAAGACGGAUUACAUAUAUAUAUCUUGAGUAUCACCCACAACCACGCCAAGGUAUUGCAAUCAUGUCUUCCUCUCCAACCUCCCCAGAUCGCACCAUGUCCAACAAAGAUAAGGAGAAUGGAGGACUUACACUUGCUAUCAUUGGUUGUGGAACAAUGGGCACUUCAAUCCUCACUGGUAUUCUCAACGCGAAAUCCAAAGGCGCUGCUACAGAUUCAAAUAUAAACACAUUUAUCGCUACAGUCAAUACAAUGGCAUCCGUGGUACGCUUGCGCAAACAAUUCCACUCGAGUGAAUCACGUGUUCAUAUCCUAGUUGGGAAUGACGGGGUGCUUCAAGCUAUGCAGAAGGCAGAUAUUGUUCUACUGGCGUGUAAGCCAUAUACAAUCGAGGCAGUACUCUCACUUCAGGGUGUGAAAGAGGCAUUGGGAGGGAAAUUGGUGAUUAGUGUAGCAGUAGGGACGCCAGUAGAAAAAAUGACUGCUGCGCUCGGAAUCUCAGAAUCUUCCAUCGGAAAAGGCAAAGGAAAAGAAAUUGCUAUUGUCCGCGCAAUGCCAAGCUUAGCAGCCAGUUUCGGGGAAUCAAAUACCGUGGUGGAAAUAUCUCCUUCGACGGCUCUCUCGCAACAAAAUAAAUCUAUUGUUCGCUAUAUCUUUAGAUGUAUAGGAUCGAUAGUGGAAGUGGGACCCGGGCAAUAUGAUGCGGCCAGUGUGAUGGCGGCUACUAGUAUGGCGUUUUUGACAGUGGCGCUUGAUGGGAUACUAGAUGGAGGUGUGAAGGAGGGGAUUAAAAGGAGUGAGGGGAGGGAUAUCUUGGUGAGGAGUUUGAAGGGCUUGGUGGGGCUACUGGAGGGCAAGGGUGAAGAGAGUAGUGGUGAUGAUGGAAAGAGAGAUGGGAAGGCCAACAACAGGACAAAAGAGAAGUCGAAGGGAAUGACAGGUGACGAGAUUAGAGAACAGUUUAGCAGUCCGAGGGGAACAACGAUUGAGGGGUUGGUUGGACUGGAAGAGGAUAGGGUGAGGUAUGCAUAUUGUAGGAGUGUUAUGAGAGCGACAAAGCGAAGCCUGGAAAUGUAAAUUUGUCAUUUUUGUGGUGUUUUGGAUACAUAGAUAAACAAAAGUGAUAUCGGACAGGUUAUCAAUCUUUUACUUCGUA